CCGGAGUCCAGCCGCGGUCUGCGAGGACCGGAGCCGUUAACUCUCUCAAACUGACGGGGUUUGAUCAUGGACACCGCGGUAACUUCGUUAGAAACGGCUGUCGGUGUGGUUUAACGCGAAGUACUCUGUAGUUCGGUAAUGAUGUUCCGUGUGUUCUCGCUGGCGGCGGAGCGCGGGAGACAGAAGCGGCGGCUCGAGCUCAGUCUCGCGGAGAUCUGUGAGCUCGAGCUGCUCAAGCGACGGCACGAGGCGAUGGUGGCCGGUGCGCUCGCGCUGCACUCUCCCGAACCCGAACCGGAACCCGAACCCGAGCCGAAGACAGCCGAGCGGACGAGCGACGACCCGAGCCCUCCGGACGGCUCGUGGAUUCUGAUCAACAUCUUGCAGCAUCAGGUGGGAGAGCUGAAGGUGGACUCGGACAGCAGCUCAGUGGAGCCCCCUACUGACCUCUCAGGCUUCCCUGAGCAGGCUGAAGGUCUGUCUCUUGUCGAUGUGUCUGACUCUUCUGGUCUCGGUGAGAUCUGCUCCGUCCGGCUUUCUGAGAGACCCAAGUCUGUUGGAGAUGUAUUGGUCAGCCGUGAGCUGAACGCUCGCGCCGCGGUUCCCCGCUCUUUCUCCGCACCCUAUCCGCCUCUAGAGGGCAUCACUGAAGACGAGCCGUGGAUCUGGCAUCCCAGUGAGGAAGAACCCGACGCAGACGACUACAGACAGACGCAGCAUGCAGAAACGUACAUCCUGGGCCUGAUCCAGCGGCGCUCGCCUCCCGCCCGACCCACUAAACCCCGCACCAGCCUUGGACCUGAUGCCCGAGCUGUGGUCCGACAGAGCAGUCUGUGCCGCAAGGAUCCGCCGUACAUCCCUGAGGAGAGACAUGCAUGCUAUCCCCGACUCGCCGGGAUCCGCUGUGGAGCUCUGGAUCCCAGCAGCAGCGAAGCCGAAUCCUAUCCGAACGCUCGCUCGGCAUCGUCCGACGAGCUGGUGAACGCGCAGUACAUCCCAGCGCAGCCGCGUCACGCUCCCACCGCUGCGCACCGAACACACGCCGCUCACAAACCCACCACCUCACAGCUCAGAGCCACGGCGAAGAAGUGCCGCUUCACAGAGGACAAGAUUGCGCAGAAGAAACCUGGAAGGAAAGCAUGUCGUGCUCAAUCCGAGAACAGCCUGCUUGGGCAAAGAGAGCGCAAAUAUAACACCAUGGAGCGCGAUGCUCAAGCCAAAACACGACGUGGCUCCGGUCACCGCCGCUGGCGCUCCACGCUAGAGCUGAGUCAGGACGAAGCAGAGACGCCUCCUGAACAGCCAGUCAGACGCUCACGCAAACCUCGGGUCUACGCCCAACCACAUCAUCAUCAUCAUCAGUUCCCACCAGACGGCUACGCGCUCCGAGAGUCAGAGUCCAGUCUGAGCGAGGCCGAGUCUCCCGGCUCCAGCUCACUCUCCAGUGACUCCGACGAGAGCGGCGGAUUGGUCUGGCCACAGCAGCUCCGCCCACAGCUGGCUCCGCCCUCUCCAUCACACCCGCCGCAGCCCAAAGCCUUCGUGAAGAUCAAGGCGUCGCACGCGCUCAAGAAGAAGAUCCUGAGGUUCAGGAGUGGAUCACUGAAAGUCAUGACCACCGUAUGAGUGACAAACGCCGGACUAAUCAGGAUGACCCUUCGCAGGGAGUUUGAUUGACAGCUGAUCUGACCAAUCAUUACGCCGAAUCUGCUUUUGUCUGACAGACAAUCCAGACAGGACUAGUAAAUUUAUGGUGGACUUGAACUUUAAAAACGUUACAUUGACAUCUUUACAUAGUUA